UGGCGUUAACGCAGAAUGAAGGAAUAGAGGAACAGCGUUAAGGAAUAAUGACGAAAUUUCAGCGAACAACUAGACUUUAUAUUGUGUGUGUAUUGUAACGUAUUAUAUACAGUUAUACACUAUUGGAUUGGUAAGUUAAAAAACAUGUGUGCAGAUCACGUAUAUGAUAGUGACAACAUAUAUUUCAACGACCCAGUAAAUCAGAAUGACAAUGAAAUAUGUGAUUUGACUGAAAACAAAGAUGCUGAUCAAUUAUUAAUUGAUUUAGUAAGGUUAUACCCACAUUUGUGGGAUAAACAAAAAAGAGAUUUCAAAGAUUCUGCAAAAAAAGAAACCUCUUGGGAAGAAAUUUCCUCGAUUCUGAAUCAGUCUGUAAGUGUUUGUCAAGCUAGGUGGCAACGAUUGCGCCAAUAUUAUGCCAAAGAACGGCAGAAACAAGAAUUGGAAAGUAGAAGCGGAUCAAAAGCUGUUAAUCGAAUGCCUUGGUAUUUAUUCUCUAUGAAUUUCUUGGAUAGUCAUAUGUAUAAGAGAAGGUGUGUAGGAUUUUAA